CACAAUUUUUGUAAACAUUGCAUCAUGAGAGAGAUGUUACACAGAACCCGUCAGGAUUUGGAACCCGACGUGUAAUGAAUUAAAAACUCAACUGCAUGAACUACAUCGUAUAACGUUCACGUAAAAUGCCUGAGUUAACGGGUCUAUUCCACGGUCUCGCCGACAAUAAUUUCUUCACAGCUGGUUUCGGUCUAUUCACUGUCGGUGCUGGUGCGGCGAUAUUACGUAAAGGUUUUCAAGGCGCGCUCAUUCUGUUCCGUCGUAAUUAUAUGAUAACAUUGGAAGUGCCGUGCCGCGACAAGUCCUACCAAUGGCUACUGCAAUGGAUCACCAAACGCGGUGCUCAAAAUACACAGCACUUGAGUGUCGAAACAUCGUUUGAACAGCAGCAAGAUAGCGGUAAUGUAAAAACGAAAUACGAGUUUAUACCGAGCGUCGGGACGCAUAUCAUGUGGUACAAAAACACUUGGAUCAGAGUGGACAGAACGAGGGAACAAUCCACUCUGGAUAUUCAAAUGGGCAUACCGUUCGAAACGGUACAAUUGACUUCGUUUGGACGGGACAAACAGCUGUAUUUUAACAUAUUGGAAGAAGCUAGAGAAUUGGCGUUGCAAUACACAGAAGGAAAAACACUUAUGUACACAGCAAUGGGCUCAGAAUGGCGAUUAUUUGGACAGCCUCGGAAGCGUAGGCCUUUGUCAUCUGUUGUACUAGACAAUGGGAUAUCACAGAAAAUACUGGACGAUUGUUUGGAAUUCAGCAAAAAAUCUACUUGGUAUUCCGACCGAGGUAUACCAUAUCGACGUGGCUAUCUGUUGCAUGGUCCGCCUGGUUGUGGGAAAUCGAGUUUUAUAACAGCUCUUGCCGGAGAACUCGAAUUUAGUAUUUGCAUACUGAAUUUGAGCGAACGAGGCUUAACUGAUGAUCGGCUGAAUCAUUUGUUAAACGUUGCGCCAGAAAAGUCGAUCAUAUUGUUGGAAGAUAUCGAUGCAGCAUUCGCUUCCAGAGAAGAGACAUCAGUGCAGAAAGCCGCCUAUGAUGGCCUAAAUCGUGUCACAUUCAGUGGUCUUCUGAAUUGCUUAGACGGCGUUGCGUCAACCGAAGCUAGAAUCGUUUUCAUGACCACAAAUCACAUCGAUCGACUCGAUAAGGCAUUAAUCCGGCCAGGCCGCAUCGACUUCAAACAAGAAAUUAAAUGCUGCAGUCAACAUCAGAUCGAGGAAAUGUUCAAGCGAUUUUACACGACCGCCGAUUCGAUACGAAACUCGGUCGAAUUUGCCAAGAAGGUGAUGUCGUUUGGCAGAGAUGUGAGCCCAGCAGAGAUCCAGGGGUAUUUUAUGAUGCACAAAGAAUCCGCUGUAGAUAAAAUGAUUAGUGAAGCCGAUCAGAUAUGGGACGAUAGUCGAAAGAAAGAUUCGCCGAAAGUGAGUGAAAAAGUGUAGUCCGUUCGUUUUAUGGAAAUUAAAUGCGAUGGUGAA